AUGGUUAAGAGCAUGGGCGAGGAUUUGAGAUCUGUUCUCAAACGUCUUUCUCGGGUCGAAACUGACAAGGAAAGACCAACGAAAAGACUCCGAGUUGCUGAAGAAACUGAGAGUGAUAGUCCACACUCUGACGCAGAAGUGGAACUCUCAGAUUCGGAGCAGCUUAUCGUGCCGCAAACAGAAGGCGGCCAAAAUGGCGAAGCGCCAAACUCAAUCCCCUCAGUAGCUGAGGAUGACUUAUUGAGCGAGAUACCUCAGGAGUUCGCUGAUGAAGCUACGACAGGACCAAAGGUUAGCCAGAAGCUGGCAGAUAUUAUAAAUCAGCGUUGGUCCUCAAAGUUGGAAGAGCCCAAACUACAGUGCCUUUUUUAACUAUAUAUCUGGGGUGCCCCCCCCCAGGGAAAGAAUUUCCCCCCCCCCCAGUAAAGCCAUUUCUGCCCCCGAAGUGCGAAGCAGAAUUGCUCAUGAUUGCUGUCAGAAUUGCAGUUGAUUUACUUGAUAAUGAGAUUAUGCCCUUCCAUAGCCUCCUCCACAGCCAUCUUGUGUGUAAUUCAUAUUGUUCUUCACCGAGUAUUUCAUAAUAGCGAUAGAUUUCAUGCAAACCAUCCGAUAAAAUGCCGGUUCAAAGAAGAAUAGAUUUAGUUUAGAUUUUUAACUGUUAAAUACAUGUAUGCAUCAUUAUGCAUAGCAUGAAUAUUUCUUCUCAGAUUUAUUCUGUAUCGUAUGAAAAAGCAACGCAAUUUUGAGAAUGCGGAAAUGGUGUCUCAUAGAACCUAAAAUGAUUUAAAUGCAACAUUUCUGAUCAAAAUCACAUUGGGAUUUUCUCCCCCCCCCCCAGCAUCACAGAGAGGAAAUAAAGUGACACUGACCCCUCACCCCUCCUCCUAUUUUUCAAGGCGACUUUUCCAAUUUAUUUAAUUCCGAGUAGAAAUGUCUGGAAAAAUUCAUGUCUUCGAUGUACUUUAUAAUCUUCGGAAUUUUGCUAGAUUUCACCCCCAAAAUGCUUGAAAUCGCAAUUCAGGGACCCUAGAUUUCAAAUGGACGGUCUCACGCCUUCGGCGUGAGGUGAGGUUCGCCCCCCCCCCAAAAAAAAAAAUUAAGGUCUGGCUACACCACUGGUUAUAGCUGUACGAUUAUAGCUACAAAGAGUUGAAGUUAUUGUUUAAAGUAAAAUCUAACUAUGGUAAAAUAUAGGUGAAGUUAAUAAAUUAAAGUUUUACAAAAUCUCUCUUCCGGACUCGCGCGUUCGCCAAACCUCGAUGGCUCAUAAUUUUCGUUCUGCCUUUUUUCCUGUUUUGCCCCCCCCCCCCAGGUGAAAAUUCCUUAAAAAAGGCACUGGUCCAUUGUUUUGUAUUUUUUUAUAACACUUAGACUGCGAGCAAUCCCUCUAUUUUCCUUCGUUAGUCCGGGAAACAAUAAAACGAAGGAAAAUAGAGGGAUUGCUCGCAGUCUAUAUAAUACUCUUUGUUUCACUAUUGUACUAAAUUCAGUAAAUUGUUGUUAUUCUAGUCUGAAUUUUUGCGGUGA